AUGUCGUCUGGGGGUUCCUCGUCCGGGCCUCAAGCCGGCAGCAGCAACAACAGCUCUGCUGCCGUAGGCUCAAGUUCGCCGUCCGCGCCCUCUGGCAAAAGCGCCGCGACUCCCCCGAAAGUCGCUGCCGAUGAUGUGUCGGUUGAGCUUAAAAACAUGAAAUCUGAACGCAGCCCUGCGCGGUCAAUCCCGCUGGGUGAAGAUAUCAUGCAGAUUGCUCGAAUCGGUGAGGUUUCGGUUAUGCAAAAACUGUUUGAGGAGAAAAAGUUCACCGCGAACCAUACGGAUGAGGAGGGGAUUACUCCGUUACAUUGGGCCGCGAUCAACAAUCAAUAUGCGAUGUGCAAGUUCCUACUUGAGUCCGGGGCCAAUGUAAACGCGAAAGGAGGAGAUUCAGUUGCCACACCCGCGAUGUGGGCAGCUCAGCGGUGCCACUAUUAUAUUGUGCAUCUGUUGCUCCAGAACGGAGCUGAUCCACUUCUUACCGACGUCCAAGGCUAUAAUAUCCUCCAUCUCGCAACGAUCGACGGAAACGCGUUCUUACUCGUGUUGCUCCUACACCAGGACAUACCGGUUGACGUUGUCGACCAGCAGGGGCAUACGGGGUUGAUGUGGGCGGCUUAUAAAGGAUAUCCGGCGUGCGUGGAUCUGUUCUUGCGCUGGGGCGCAAACCCGAACGCUGUUGAUGACGGUGGUCUGGCACCUCUCCACUGGGCUCUUGUCAAGGGGUCUUUGCCAUGUGUUCUGAAAAUCCUCGAAUAUGGUGCCGAUCGAUUUGCGACAACAACGGAUGGCAAGACGCCGGCCCUAGUAGCACAGGAAAUGAACACAAGGCAUGUCUGGUUCCGUUCCCUAAAUGAGUGCGGCUACGAUGUGGAGGGGAAUCGGAAGGUUCUUCCCAUGGGUUUAGCCCCCUACGUGAGGGACAAGAGCAUCAUGUCUAAGUUCUUCUUCCUCUGGCCGUUCCUUCUGAUUUUUGUGGUUGUAUGGAUCCUUAGCCACAUGGUCAUCUAUUUCGCCAUUCCCAUUGCGAUUGUGGCAGUGUUUGGGCUACAAUGGGUGGCCAAGAAGGCUGCCAGCCAGGGUCCUACUGAAUAUCGGUUCAUUCAAAAAACGCCAUUCUUGGCUGGUGUUUUUGCGGGCUCGUUAUUUUGGGUAUUUAUCAGAUAUUUGCUCUAUGUUUUGCCAGCGACAUACUCCACGCAUCCCUUUUUGAAUAUAGGUUUCGCUAUAUUUUUCUCGUUGACGACGUACUUCUACUUCUACUCAAUGGUUGCGGAUCCAGGGUAUGUGCCGAAGCUUGGCAGCAGGAACCAGCAAAAAUCGGUGGUCGGCGAACUGUUUGACGAGUGGAAGUUUGACGAAGAGAACUUCUGCGUCUACUGCAUGACUCGAAGACCCCUUCGUAGCAAACACUGCAAGCGCUGCUCCCGUUGCGUCGCAAAACAUGACCAUCACUGCCCCUGGAUUGAUAACUGCGUCGGCGCCAACAACUUGCGGCAGUUUGUUUUGUACAUUCUUUGUUUGGAGGUCGGUAUUAUCUUAUUCCUGCAUUUGACGUUCAAUUACAUCAACGGGCUGCCAGCACCCGCGGAACCGAAGUGCAACGUCCUGAAUGACCAGAUAUGUGACUUUGUGCUUCGCGAUACCUUCACUCUUCUCCUUGAUAUUUGGAUAGCUAUCCAGCUGGUCUGGAUCACUAUGCUUGGCGCCGUUCAGCUGGUUCAGGUCUCUCGAAAUCAGACAACGUACGAAAACAUGAGAGGGCACUCGAUGGAUCGAAGCUAUCCCAGCUCGCGGGCUUUCGCUUCCGCCGUUACAGCGGGCACGACCUCACUCGACGCCGCCGGUCUUUCAGCUUCUGGUCAAGGCCCGAAUCCUGCACUGGGCCAAGGGGGACACCGUCACCGAGGCGGCUGCUUAAAACAAUGGUCUUCUCUGCUCGGGUUUGACACGUUCUUUGCAACCGCCCGCGAGGGCCUCCGAGAUGGUCCUCGCGCUGCACGGCCCAAGAAUCCUUUCUCACGCGGCAUCGCCACUAACUGCCGAGACUUCUGGUGUGAUCCAGCACCUUAUUUCGGGAAGCGAGAACCCGGCUCUGCAAUGCUUGGUGGUGAAAUUGUCAACUAUAACCAGAUGUACGAGUCUCCAUCAAGAAUGCACCGUAGUGGCGACUACCGGAGCGUGGCAUACGAAGACGACGUUGUAUAA